GAUCCAUCCAACGCAGCCACAUCUCCAAGCACCAAAAAAUAUCACCAAAAGAACCUGGCCGCAAACCAAACCAUUUGCCUCCUUUUGCCCACGCGAACAUGGCGUCCCCAACGCUAGCGGCUAGCAACCCACCCACCGCCGAUGCUAUAUAUCUCCCCUCCCUCUUCCUAACCCUCAACCUAUCCUGCACUACGAACAUCUCCCGCAACAGAAGCAUACGCCGAUACGCGCACAGCUCCGUGCAGAGCUAGCAGUGUAACUGAAAUGGACAGCACUAGCUGCCUCGUGGACGACACCGGCGGCGGCGGCGGCGCGUCCACGGACAAGCUCAGGGCGCUGGCCGCCGCAGCAGCCGCGGGGGCGCCGCUGGAGCGCAUGGGCAGCGGUGCUAGUGCGGUCGUGGACGCGGCCGAACCGGGCGCCGAGGCGGACUCGGGUUCCGGCUCAGGCGUGGGCGUGGGCGUGGGCGUGGGCGCGGGCGGGAAGCUGCCGUCGUCCAGGUACAAGGGCGUGGUGCCGCAGCCCAACGGGCGGUGGGGCGCGCAGAUCUACGAGCGGCACCAGCGCGUGUGGCUCGGCACCUACGCGGGGGAGGCCGACGCCGCGCGCGCCUACGACGUCGCCGCGCAGCGGUUCCGCGGGCGCGACGCGGUCACCAACUUCUGCUCGCUCGCGGACGCCGACCCGGACGCCGCCGCCGAGCUCCGGUUCCUCGCGUCCCGCUCCAAGGCCGAGGUCGUCGACAUGCUCCGCAAGCACACCUACUUCGACGAGCUCGCCCAGAACAAGCGCGCCUUUGCCGCCGCCUCGUCCGUGCCCACGGCCUCAUCGCUCGCCAAGAACCACUCCUCGCCUCCCUCCCCAGCCACCGCCGCCGCGCGGGAGCACCUCUUCGACAAGACGGUCACCCCCAGCGACGUGGGUAAGCUCAACAGGCUGGUGAUACCGAAGCAGCACGCCGAGAAGCACUUCCCGCUCCAGCUCUCGUCCGCCGGCGGCGAGGGCAAGGGCGUGCUCCUCAACUUCGAGGACGCCGGCGGCAAGGUGUGGCGGUUCCGGUACUCGUACUGGAACAGCAGCCAGAGCUACGUGCUCACCAAGGGCUGGAGCCGCUUCGUCAAGGAGAAGGGCCUCCACGCCGGCGACGUCGUCGGGUUCUACCGCUCCGCCGCGGGCGCCGGCGCUGACAGCAAGCUUUUCAUCGACUGCAUGCUGCGGCCGAACAGCACCGCUGCGUUCACAAGCCCCGUGGAGUCAUCAUCAGCGCCGGUGCCAAAGGCCGUGAGGCUCUUCGGCGUCGACCUACUCACGGCGCCGGCGCCGGCGCCCGCGGCGGCCCUGGAGAACCUUGCCCGGUGCAAGAGAGCUAGCGACUUUGCGAUGCCCCCGCAGGCAGCGUUCAAGAAGCGAAGGGUAGAGCUGGCACUAUUGUAGAUUAAUGGCUACUAAUAGCUCGAUCGAUCUUUCUCUAGCUAGCAUAGUCUGUUUUGCUCCCCAAAUUCAGAUGGUAGCAGCUAGCUUGAUUAGCUCAAUCUCGACAUCUCACUUAGUUCGUUUGUUAGUUGAUUUCCAUUUCGUUAUGCUCUUGCUUUGCUUUUGAUGUAAAUCCUCUCCUCAAUUGUAUACUAAUGAAAGCCCUAGAAGGCUAGAUGAUCAACUGACACGGAAAAGGCAGCAACAUUCCAAACA